AAACUCAUUUCCUCAACUAUAUUGUCAUAACACCAACAAAAAAGAACAUAUCACUAUUAUUCACCACUAGCAGUAGUACUAUAGAAUUAAGUUGAAAUUUGGAAUAAUGGGUAGUGGUGGUGACGUGGUUGCAGACGGCGAGGCAAGGAAGAUAGUAGUGGCGGUGGAUGAGAGUGAAGAGAGCAUGUACGCCUUGACAUGGUGCCUUAAAAACAUCAUCCUACAACAACAACCGCAAAAUUUGCAAGAUGCCCUUGUGCUUCUCCAUGCCAAGCGACCCACUGUUGUGUACCCUUUCUUGGAUAAAUCUGCAUAUUUGUGCUCCCAUGAUGCUUUAUCAUCACUAGAUAGGAGGGACAACGAAAUGGCAUGUUGGGUCCUACAGAGGGCUCAGAAGCUUUGCUUACAGCAUGAAGUGAAGGUCGAGACGAAGGUUGAAGAAGGGGAUCCAGGGGAUGUAAUAUGUGAGAUGGUGAAAGUUUUGAAGGCUGACUUGCUUGUCAUGGGAUGCCACGGCUAUGGUCAGUUCACCAGGGCGAUAAUGAAGAGUGUGAGCCAUCACUGCGUUCAAAAUGCGAGCUGCCCUGUUCUAGUCGUAAAGAUGCCAAAAUAAAAUGCCCCCGCCUAUUCGCAACCAAUGCUGUCGCUUUAUAAGCUAAUCAAGGGUUGUGUGCAUGUGUCCAUAGUCCUUUUAUACGAUUGUGAUUUUUUUAAUUGAGUUGCACAACAAUAAGUUAUAGAGAAAUGCAACAAAAUAGUCGUAACUCAGCUCAAUUGCCAUUCCAGAAUCUCUAUAUAAUGUUUAAAUUGUUAAAGGAAAAGCUGGGAAUUUUGUUGGCCUUC